AUGGGUCAAAUCACCAUCCUAACACGGCUUCAAAUGCUACUAUCCAACAUCAAGGACAAGAAAAGUCCAAACCUAAUUCUAACAAUAGUCUGUUCAGCAGUAUUCCUGGACCUCCUGAACCUCUCCGCAAUAACAAUCGCCCUUCCCACCCUCCAAAAAGAAUUCUCCAUCCCAACAUCAAGUCUCCAAUGGGUGAUAUCCGCUUACGCACUCACGUUCGGUGCCUUCCUCAUGCUCGGUGGGCGCGGUGGUGAUAUGUUUGGUCAUCGCCCAGUGCUGCUAUUCGGGAUGUCGUUCUUCGCGUUGUUUACAAUGGUGUCUGCGCUUACGCCUAGUUUCAUUGGAUUGGUGAUUGCGAGGGCGUUUCAAGGGAUUGGUGCUGCGUUUACCAUUCCGAGUGCGCAGGCGCAUGUUGCGAUUUAUUUCCCGGAUCCGAAGGAGAAGGCGAGGGCGUUGGGUGUUUGGGGGGCGAGUGGGAGUUUGGGGUUUAUUCUUGGUCUGAUUCUAGGUGGAAUCUUGACUGACCUCUUGGGGUGGAGAUGGAUCUUCUGGAUCUCGCUUAUCUUGUCAGGAGUUAUUAUUCCAGCUGCCAUUGUCAUUCUCCCCGCCAGCCAGUCUAAACGCGAUGCUUCCCCAUCACCAGAACUUCCCAACGACACAAAUUAUCGCAAGAGUUUCUUCACCUCCUUCAAAGAACGCGCUCUCCGUUUCGACAUCCCCGGCAUCUCCCUCGGCCUCCCAGGAAUUCUCGUCCUAACCUACGCCCUCACCUCCUCCAACUCUGCCGGCUGGGGCUCCCCCCGCAUCAUUGCCACCCUCAUUCUCUCCAUUUUUCUGCUUCUCGCAUUCGCACUCUAUGAAUGUCGCGCAUCCUCUGCCAUUCUCCCCAUCCACCUCUUCAAAUCAACCAGUUUCAACCUAACCCUCCUCCUCGCAAUAAUCACCUACGCAGUCCGUCAAGCAUGCACCUACUUCCUCACCGUCCAACUUCAAUCCUACGGCAACACACCCAUCCACACCUCCGUGCUCUUCAUCCCCCUCGGCAUCAGUGCCUUAAUCGCCAACACCAUCGCAGGCCGUCUCGUCCCCAUCUUCGGCGCUCGCUUCAUGUUCGUACUAGGCUGGACUCUCUCCAUCCCCGGCGUCUUGCUAUUCGCGUUCAUUGAGCAAGAGACGUCGUACUGGCGGUACACAUUCCCCGGGAUGAUAUUGUAUAUUGCGGGCAUUGGAACGGUGUAUAUCACGGCGAAUUUUGUGGUUGUGUCGACGGCGACGAAGUCGGAUCAGGGUGCUGCGGCGGGGGUGUUUAAUGUUGCACUACAAGUAGGGGGCUCGGUUGUGGGACUGGCGGUUCUUACGGCUGUUGCGCAGGGGAUGGAGAGGAAGUAUGGAGGUGGUGAUGUGACUGAUGGGGGGUUGACGCAUGUGGGUUAUCAGAGUGUGUAUUAUUCUUGUGUUAUUCUGUGUGUUGUUGGUCUUGGGCUUAGUCUUUUUGCUAUUGAUGUUGCGGAGAGUAUGAGGGGUAGUUUUUGGAAGAAGGUUGAAAAGACCGAGGUGGUGGUUGUGGGUGAAGGAGCUACACAUGAGCUUGAUCACAGUUCUUGA